UACUGAUCGCCUCCCCCGAUCAUUUCCCAUUUCCUUGCAGCCAAACAGUACUCACUUGAUCAACAAAGCUCGAUGGAACGAGGUGUUCUUGUCCUUUCAGAAGGAAUCAUAAGAACACCACCGGAAUCUUACGUAGGAAAGGAGGUGAAAAUGGGAAAUUAGAUGGGUAUUUCAGUCCUAAAACAUAACAAGACAACGCAGCGAGAAGCUCCUUGCCAGCCAAUGUGCAAGCCUCGCCCUUCUCCAAAACGAACGGGUGCGGGUUUUGCAUCUUUCGCGACGUCGACCGUUGGAUCUUGGCACGCACAGAUCUCCAAGAACUCCGAACUCCUCCCUUCAUCCGCCUGCAUAGAUCUGGAAGGGACCAUUGCGCGAUCCAACGGUGGAUUCGCGCGGAGGAUACGACCCCCGUCCAAAACCAGAAAGCCAUGGCUGCUAUAUAAUUAAGAGGAGCUGGCGAGGGCUCCUCUUCCAUUACCAUGGCGACUAGCCGAGAGGAGUCCGACUACGACAGCAGCUGCUCUUCCUUGACGGUCCCCGACUCCCGCCGGAGCUUGGGGAGCUCGAGCUCCGUGUCGGUGCGCUCGUACUGCUGCAGUGCGGCCCAGCACAAGCCCCACAAGGCCAACCAGGUCGAGUGGGAGGCCAUUCGGAGGGUCCAGGCCGCCGCGGGCCACGUGGGGCUCGACCACUUCCGCCUCGUGCGGCGGCUGGGGAGCGGCGACCUCGGGAACGUGUACCUGUGCCAGCUCCGAGAUCCCAUGUCCGCGGGCUGCCUCUAUGCUAUGAAAGUGGUGGACAAGGAGGCCCUCGCCUUCCGGAGGAAGCUCCAGAGGGCGGAGACCGAAAGGGAGAUCCUUCGAACGCUCGAUCACCCCUUCCUGCCCACUCUCUACGCCGAGUUCGAGGCGGCGCACCAUUCCUGCCUUGCCAUGGAGUUCUGUCCCGGUGGCGAUUUGCACGUCGUCCGACAACGACAGCCGGGAAGGCGCUUCACCAUCUCUUCUGCCAGGUUUUAUGCCGCGGAGACGCUCUUGGCUCUGGAGUACCUCCACAUGAUGGGGGUGGUAUACCGGGACCUGAAGCCGGAGAACGUUCUCGUCAGGGAUGAUGGCCACAUCAUGCUUUCUGACUUCGAUCUCUCGUUAAAAUGUGAUGUAGUUCCGAGGCUUCUUAGGGGAAGGCAAGACUGCAAGUCCGUGGAGAAGAAUGUGAAGGGCUCGAGCUCAUCCUGCGUGCCGCCGAUGCAGCCGGUGCUCUCUUGGUUCUAUGGCGCGGCGAUCAGGAGCAGCAAGAGGGCUAGGCGUGCACCGCAGACGGUCACCAAGGAAGAUGGUUUUGAGGAGCUUGACCCCGAGCUCGUGGCCGAGCCGAUCGCUGCACGGUCCAAGUCAUUCGUGGGCACUCACGAGUACCUUGCGCCGGAGGUGAUCUCCGGCGCUGGCCACGGGAGCGCCGUAGAUUGGUGGACCUUUGGGGUGUUCUUAUAUGAGAUGAUGUAUGGGAGGACGCCAUUCAAAGGUGAGGAUAAUGAGAAGACGCUGGCCAACAUCAUCAAGCAGCCCCUCACUUUUCCUAAGGUGGCAACCUGUGGUAAGGACUUGGAUGAGAUUUUAAGAGCUCAAGACCUCAUAAGCAAGCUCUUGGUGAAGAACCCGAAGAGGAGGAUAGGGAGCUUGAAGGGCUCAGUGGAGAUCAAGAGGCACGACUUCUUCAAGGGAGUGAACUGGGCCCUCAUUAGGUCGGUCAGGCCUCCUGAGGUCCCCAGAGAUCUGAGAAGAACGAGGACCAAAGCCACCGUCCAGAAGUUCAGCAGGAAGGAGAGGGACGAGCCUCACCACAUCCGUCAACAUUUUGAUUGCUUCUAAGGGCGUGUUUAUUGUACAUUAAUAACGUGUAAGCAAGACUCAUGUGAAGAUGUAAAGAGUCGUGGUUAUAACUGUCUUCCAAUCCACUAAUUACAAGGAAUUAAUAGAAAGAAGAUUAGUUGGUUAUUGUUACCGCUAAUUAA